AUGGUUAGUACUAAGUAUGGUCCUUGGAUUCAUGUCCAAUUCAAGAACAAACGAGCUAGAAGAAACAUUACCAACAGUAAUAGUGUAAAGGAUAUCGGGAGCAAACCAGAUUAUAUAGUUUUUGAGAAUAUGCAAGUUACACAGACUGAAGAGAUCCAGCUGCAGGCAAAGACUGACUGUAAUGUUGAUAAAAUAGGGGGAGUUCUAGGGAUUCUGAAAAUGAGAUUUGUGUUCAUUCAACAAAUCGUUUUGCUGUUCUGGUGGAGAAGGAGGAAGGAGAAAUUGUGGGUAACGUUGGGAACGAGAAAGAAAGAAGCUUCCUUGUAUCUUAAGGAAAUGGUUAGAGAUGAAGAUGUUUUCUUUAUUGGGCUUAUGGAGACUAAAUUGUCUAGCAUUGAUAGAAGGGAGGUUGAUUGUCUUAUGGGGAAUGAAUGGGAUUAUUUUCACCAACCUGCUAUUGGGACCUCUGGUGGUAUUUUGGUGAUUAUUAGUAAUCUCUCUGUUCCUAGCUUGGGAAUGUGGAAGAUUGCUACUGUUUAUGGGAGUCGUUGUUACAAGGAGAGGAGUUGUCUUUGGAAUCAGUUGGAAAAGAGCAUGGAGAAUUCUACUCCUUCUAUUAUAGGGGGGGACUUUAAUUGCAAUUUAAAUAAGGAUGAGAAGAGAGGAGGUAAGAGGUUCUUAUUUUCUGAAGGACCUAGAGAAAUGAAGAGCUUCAUGGGGAAUUCAUAUUUUCAUGAUAUUGGUAGUGUUGGGCCAAGAUUCACGUGGUGUAACAACAAAGAGAGCACUUCUCGGAUAUGGGAAAGGUUGGACAGAUGUAUACUGAAUUCGGUGGCUAUGCAGAAGCUUCCUUUUGUAGUGAACAGACAUUUAGCGAGGAUGGCGUCUGACCAUUGUCCUAUUGUGAUUAAGAUGGAUGAAAUGGUGCGGCUUAAGUCGAGAACUAUUAGGUUUGAAGAUACAUGGAGAUCUUAUCUUGCGGCUAAGAGCAUUGUUUAUCAUUCUUGGAAGAAGAAUGAUGUUGGUGAUGAGUACACAAUUUUACAAAAGAAGCUUAAUCAAAAAUUGAAGAAGGAGAUCCUUGAUUUGCAUAAUAAGGAAGCUUUGAAUUGUAAUUGGUCUGCUGAUGACAUUUUUGAGCUUAGAAGCAAAAUACAUGAACUCAAUGUUACUUUGAGAAGACUUUCUACUUGGUGGAACCAAAGAGCUAAGGCUAGGUGGCAUGAGGAAGGUGAUGCAAACUCCAAGCUUUUUCAUAGUUUUGCCACGGCUAGAAGGAAUGGGAAUCGUAUUUUCCAAAUUAAAGAUGAAGCAAACAAGUUGCAAGAGGAGCAGGAUCAAAUUGAGAAUGUCUUCAUUAAUUUCUUUGAGAAGAAAUGGAAGUAUAGGGAGUGUGAAUUAACGGGCUAG